CGACUCUCUAUCCCGUGCACUGUGUGCAGCUUCGGUUGCUAAGGAACCGCUGAACGCAGGUGGCAUUAAAAUGACGGUGGCACAGUGAGAAAGCUGGUCAGUCUGGCUGGUUGAGGUGUGGAGGGGACACCACAAACCACGCCAGCAUCCUGACGCAUAGGAUUUCCACUGCCCUCAGUGAAUCUCCUUAUAAUCUCCAUGUCUAUCCCUGGAUUGUAGCUACAAAUAUGGUGACGCUUAUCACAGAGCAGCUCCGUAAGCAGAGUUUGGAAGAGCCUUAUUACAAGGCUUUCUCAUUCAAUGUGAAUGUGUCACUACCUGCAGUGGGCUCCAGUCCCACUGUCUCCUGGAGUGCUUGUAGAUCCUCACAAGAAAUCAGCUCUGCUACACAUCCAUCCUCCAAAGCCAACACUGUGGAUGAUUACUGUGGAUUAGACUCCCCAUGGCUUCCUUCCCACUCUGGAGAACUUCUCCAGAGACCAGAGGUUUCUUUUACAGACAAAGCUUUCCAAAGCUCCCCACCACCUCCACCACCACCUCCAAAACGCCACUGCCGGUCCCUUUCUGUUCCAGAGGACCUGUCGGGGUGUCGUUCCACCUGGCAUCCUAGAGCUUCCAAGGUUUGGACCCCAGUCAAACGUGGCUGCCAAUGCGGAGGAGCAUAUAGUUCAAGCUCUGGAGCCAGCUCUUUGCCACUUUGUGGACCCAGUCCUUCUUUCCCCUCAUCAUCUUCUAGCCCUACCUUCUUUAGCUUAUCACUGUCCUCUGACUCCCCACUACCAUGGAGCUUCUCAUGGGACCCCUGUGACAAACUGAAAGGAGCCUGUUCUGCCUCCCUUGUUACUCCUUCCUCUUGCUCCUCCUCACCGGCCCCUCUGGUUUCUCACUCAGUGCUGCAGCGCCGCUUCUCCCUCUCCCCUGUGCACAUUCCGGAUGCCUCGGUGGUGCUCCUGCCCCCCAAGCCCUCUCCUGCUUCUGCUCUGACAUAUGGCUGUUCUGGCAUAGAACACCCAGCCCUCUCUCCAUCUCCUACUUCAGCCUGCAGCACACCCUCCUCCUCUAGGCGCGACCUACACCCAGCUCUGCCACGAUGCCAUUCACAGCCCUGCGACAUGCGGAAACCUCGCUUGAAGAGGCGCCAUGACCCAGAUGUUUUACCCAGCCCCAGGCCAGGCCUUGACUUCAGCAAGAUGACACAGAUUGGUAAUCACAAGAACCCAGUUUGUGGUACUGUUGGCUGCAUAGUUCCAGUGUCUUCCCAUGCAGAGCAGCGCUCAGCCUUCUCCUCUGCAGAGUUCCUGGGACGAGCCAGCAUCGGGCCACUGAGUGAAAGUGAAGAGGAGGAGGAAGAUGAAAGAAAAAGGACUUCAAUAGAUGAAGGGCAAAAUAUGUUUUUUGAAAGAGACUGCACAGAACUUGACUUGACCCUCAUAGAAGAAAACUGACCACUCCAUGAUGUUCUGAGUGUGACUACUGCAUUCAUAACUAUAUUAAGCACACCUGUAGGCUUUGUGUGCCCUUCUGGCAGAGUCUUUGGGAACCUGCUGCUGUCUUAAAGCAUAUGUCCAGAGUUCAUAAUCAACAACCAAGCAAUUACACGCUAAUAUCAAACUACAAUGUCAUGAUUGUAACACUUGAGCUAGUACAAUAUUCAAGAUUUCACGACAAUGUCACAGUGCCUGCCUAUUUGAAAUUCCAUUGGGAAAUGUGCAUGAGCAAAUAAGCAAAUUUUCAUGUACACAGAAUUCUGGCUAAUAUUUCAUAUUGAAAAGUAUUAAUUGAUGUUAUCCAUUGGUCAGCAUCUUGACAUCCUCAUCAAAGAUUACUGGAGUAGGCAAGAUGUGAUAACAUUUUUCUCAUUAGUGAUUUAAAUACACAUCAAAAGUCAAUAUAAUAAUGGAUUAGAGGUGAGCACAUUCCCAUCAGAUACUGGUGUAGUCUACAUUUGUAUUUGGGUCUCUGAAUUUGGAUAUGCUUGAUCUGCGCACACAUGUACAAAUAAUAUUUGGGUUGGAGAAAACAACAUAAGACUAAAGUUGGUCUCUAUAUAAAUGCUCAUGUAUUUUUAUUAGGAUACAUUCCUUGUUCACUGAUGUUCCCUCGCAGACACUAAAGAUACGUUUACUUUUACUGCUGUUAUGUCAUUGAUUAAGAUUGUUCUUAUUGAGUAACUCUAUAUCAUCUAAGGGAAAAGGUUCCUAAUAUAACACAGGACAGCUCCACCUACUGUUCACUUAUUAUUUUCUUUUUAGAGUUCUUCUAUUUGCUUUAAAUGGAUAUGUCUAACAAUAAUACUGAUGACAGUGUAAAAUGACCAUGCCUUAAGCUAAUAAUACAGUUUUCACAGCCAGACAUUUUUGCAAUCUCCAUUUGCACCAAAUCAGUUUUGAACAGGUGGCACAAGCACUAUAAUAGUCAAUUUAAUAGCUGAAACUUUGCUGCAGCUGGACUUCAUCGGGCACAAUGUAAAAUACUGUACAAUGGUUAGAGGGAGAAUACAGCAAGCCAAUUCUGAGUGUAUGCCAUAGAGGUGGUGUUGAAGCUGACGAUUUGGUGGCCUUUCAGAGAUGAUUUUUCAUGUGUUUUCAGAUGGAAAUACUCCUGUUGCACAAUUUAUGUACAAAUAAAAUUUAAUAGAGAAUGA